AUGGCACGUUCUAAUGAUUAUCAAGAUCUUGCUAAAAAAGAUGAAAAUGAAUCUAAUACACAAUAUCAAGUUGCACUAGAUGAUUUACGAACGGCACUACCCAUAUCCCAACCAAAUAUGUCUGAACUUGAGAUAAUUAAUACAGCAAUUAAUUAUAUAAAUCAAUUAGAAAAUAUGAAAAAUCGAAUAACUCAACAGAAUUAA